AAACCGAGGUGCGAAAUGUGGUGUUCGAGUUUAGCAAAAUGCAGCGAGUUGCUAUGAGCGUCUCUAUCGGCCUCUUCUUGGCCAUCCUCCUCAACGUCCUCGCCCCGCAGCCGGCGUUGGCAGCCUCCUGUGGACACAACAAGAGUCACAACGCUUUCUUCGGUGAAAGGCUUCAUAGUCAUGUGCUAUUAUACGAGGAACAUCCUAGGGUGAGUGGGAAAUGGUUGAGAGUGGUCUCUUAUACGGUGUCUUAUCCGAUUCCAGGCGACGUCCGAGGGACUAUCCAUUACAUAGAGGCAUUAGAUCAGUUCACCGACGGUACAGGCGGCUGCGCUAUGAUCUCAUCCGGCGGAAUUGGAAUGGGUCACGCCUCUCUAGAACUCGAGUCCCAGAGAGACAAAGGAAUCGACUUCGUCAUCAGGAUUUUCGGUGAUUCAUAUUGAACACAUCAAAUUGCUUUUUAGUUAACAUAAAUAUUAAACAAUUUAACCGAAGAUCUUUUCCUUUAACUAUCUCUAAAUCUUUGUAUAUGGGCCAAAUAUACAAUACCUUGACAACAGAUGAUCUUCAUUCCGUGUUUUGUGUCGUUUAAAUGAAUUUCAUAAUAAAUACUAUGUACACAAGAAAAUAAAACACUUCAUUAAUACUGUUA